UCCUCCGCCCGCGCCGCCGGUCCCGUCCCCGCCGCGCUGCGCCGCGCCGGGCGUCACGGAAUAGAAGAAGCAGUUGGUGUGGUGGUUGAACAAAGUGACUUGGACCUGGCUGUACUCUACAGAUAAUGAUUUAUGAGGAAUCAAAGAUGAACUUGGAGCAGGAGAGGCCUUUUGUCUGCAGUGCCCCAGGCUGCUCACAGCGUUUUCCAACAGAGGAUCAUCUGAUGAUUCACAGGCACAAACAUGAAAUGACUUUGAAGUUUCCUUCAAUAAAAACAGAUAAUAUGUUAUCAGAUCAAACUCCUACACCAACGCGCUUUCUGAAGAACUGUGAGGAAGUGGGCCUCUUCAAUGAUAUCGAUUGCUCCUUAGAGCAUGAGUUUAGGAAGGCACAAGAAGAAGAGAACAACAAAAGGAAUAUCUCCAUGCAUAACACAGUUGGAGGAGCAAUGGCAGGACCUGGAUCUCACCAGCUGACCAAUACACGGAUGCCAAACCACGACACCAGCGUUGUGAUUCAACAAGCCAUGCCAUCUCCGCAGUCCAGUUCUGUCAUUACACAAGCACCUUCCACAAAUCGACAGAUUGGGCCUGUUCCAGGUUCUCUGUCUUCACUAUUGCACCUACACAACCGACAAAGACAGCCUAUGCCUGCCUCUAUGCCUGGCACCCUGCCCAACCCUACCAUGCCUGGAUCUUCUGCUGUACUCAUGCCCAUGGAGCGACAAAUGUCAAUGAACUCCAACAUCAUGGGAAUGCAGGGGCCGAACCUCAAUAAUCCUUGUGCUUCACCUCAAGUCCCCCCAAUGCAUUCGGAAGCCAAAAUGAGAUUGAAGGCAGCACUGACUCAUCACCCUGCCGCCAUGUCGAACGGGAAUAUGAAUACCAUGGGCCACAUGAUGGAAAUGAUGAGCUCGCGGCAGGACCAGACACCACACCAUCAUAUGCACUCACAUCCUCAUCAGCACCAGACACUGCCACCUCAUCACUCCUACCCACACCAGCACCAGCAUCCAGCACACCAUCCUCAUCCUCAGCCUCAUCACCAGCAGAACCAUCCCCACCACCACUCCCACUCGCACCUUCACGCACACCCGGCACAUCACCAGACCUCGCCGCACCCACCCCUGCACUCGGGCGGACAAGCACAGGUUUCGCCAGCGGCGCAGCAGAUGCAGCCCACGCAGACGAUACAGCAGCCGCAGCCCACCGGAGGCCGCCGGAGGAGGGUGGUGGAUGAAGACCCAGAUGAGAGGAGGCGGAAAUUUCUGGAGAGGAACCGAGCCGCUGCCACACGCUGCAGACAGAAGAGGAAGGUCUGGGUGAUGUCACUGGAAAAGAAAGCAGAAGAACUCACCCAGACAAACAUGCAGCUUCAGAAUGAGGUCUCCAUGCUGAAAAAUGAGGUAGCACAGCUGAAACAGUUGUUGUUAACGCAUAAAGACUGUCCGAUAACAGCCAUGCAGAAAGAAUCACAAGGAUAUCUAAGUCCCGAGAGCAGUCCUCCUGCGAGCCCAGUCCCAGCGUGCUCCCAGCAGCAAGUCAUCCAGCACAACACCAUCACGACCUCCUCCUCUGUCAGCGACGUUGUGGGAAGCUCCACUCUCACCCAGCUUGCCAGCCACAGAACAGACAUCAACCCAAUCCUUUAAGACUGGUUGAUCAGAAACUGCUAGGGGAGUGUGGAAGCAUAUCAAAGCGUCCUCUGUGCUAAGGACAUUUUUGACCGUAACUCAAGCCUGGAAGAUUCCUCAGUUCUUGAAAGACUCUGGCUUUCAUUUUUAUAGUUAUUAAAAUGUCUUUUAUACUUAGUUACAUAAAAGGGAGUUAUGCAAUUAAUAUGCUAUCAGCUUGAGAAAUGCUUUGGUGCUUUCUCCAGUUUUUUUGGUACCAGUUACUUGUUUAUAAACCUAACUGUCUAUGUACAUAGUCACGUUUCCUUCUCACCAAUCUAGCCUGAAGCCUCAGAAAUACGGAGUUGUGUUAAACCGCAGCUUGUUAGCCAACGUGAGGCAUGAAAAGUAUUAAACAGAGUCAUAUGUAGGUAACUAGGAGUAAUUAGGCUAUAAAUAUAGAGAGAGGGCAUCUGCUGACAGCAUCAUAAAAAAUGAGUUAGCGUUGUGCUAUCACCAGAACCCUGUCUUGUAUUCAGAGCCUCUUUCAACACAGUUACGUAGUUAUGUGGCUAUCAGAACAAAACCAAGCCCAAAUACUGUGCCCUUUUGUCCAGCUUUCCUCCCCAGCUCUCUCUCCCAUCCUGCCCUGUUUGUCUUUCCGUUAUUCUCACAUCUUCCUCCUCCCUUCCCAAGCCCUCUGUCCUUCUCUUCACCAAACUUUUUCCUGCUUUUUUUUUUCACUCCAAGACAUCCUCACUUCCCUCUCUUCCCCCUCUCCCCCCCGGAGAACAGUGAUGAACAAGCAAAAACUUCAAGCCCCCAAAAAACCGCCGGCGAGGCUGUUGCUUUCACUAGCUCUUCACCCACAGCUGGGCUGCGCCAAGCAUUUCUGUUUUAAAAAAUAGAAAUGCUCCUGAUUUAGUGCUUUUAAUAAACAGGGAAAGGCGAAAGCAGUGCAGUCGCAGGUGAAGCAGGAUUGAGAGCCAGCUGUGUUGACGCUAGGAGCCGUGUAAGCUGCUGAGGUAAAUGGCUGUGGCACAGUGCAGGCAUAGCAAGUAACACCUGAGAAUUACAGCAGGGGUUUUUUUUGCACUGCCAGUCAUUAACAUAGCAAAUCUGUGUAGUAUAUAAUAAUUCAGGAAAGUUCUGUUCCCUAACCUGCUUACAUUGUUCUAGCACCAAAAGCUAACAGCCUCAGAUUUCAUGGGCUAUAAAUGAAAAAUAAAUCAGUGUAACCAUUCUGACCAGUUGGAAAAAUGCCAUUUUUAAUUACCAGGGAAAGUCCUGCUCUCUGCAGGCAUCCCUUUAGAUGUACAUGGACUUGUCCUGAGCUGGCAGACAUCAGUGGAGCUUCACUGACUUUAAUGGCACUUAUGCCAGUUUAUAGCGGGUAAGGAAUUGUCUCAUAAUGACGCUAAAAUUUUUUUUUAUAAAGCACGCAGCCACUAAGAAGUGCUGCAAGAAUGACAAAUUCCACUGCACUCGCUGGAUAAAAUUCAGUCCUGCAAAGAGGGUCUGUAAAGGGGCUUUAUGCCACAAUUAAGGGUUUUGUUUGGACUAUGCGCCUGCCCCUCAGCACAACGGAUUUGCAUCCCAGAGUAGUAGCAGUGAUUGAUGGGAAAAUCAGAGGGAGAUGAUGCCAGUUAAUUAUGCUGCCUUUCAAUAUCCUGGGACCUGGUUUUGCUCUCAGGGCUGGCAGCGGCAACACCUCCUUCGUCUGCCCCGGGGAGCGGGAGCGGGCUCUGAGUUGGCGAUGAGCGUUCAAACAUUUCAAACUGCAUCUUUAAUAGCAAAAGCUAAUUCAUGCUAUUCCUGGCAAAUGUUCCAAUCCUGAACACGCUUUGUUCUGAAGCGAGGUUCUUGUCCUCAGCCGCUGUUUCUUGGGUUUGAGAGGAGUUGUGGGUUUUAUGUAGCAGGCUGACUCUUCUCCGUGUGGGAAGGAGAGCUCAACUAGUGAAGUGGGAGGCACUGUCAGGAGCAGGGCCCUCGUGGAAGGAAAGGCAAAAUUCUGAGGAUCAUAUGUUUCUGAAUUAGUUCUUCUCUUGGUAUCUAACUUUUUAUCAGUAUUCUUGAACAGCUCUCUUUCCAUUUAUGCAAACACAUUCAAAAGAAGAUUUUUAAUGUACAGUAUAAAUCUUGACUUGAUUAUAUAGUCUAAGAACCAAAAAAAAAAGUUACGAAAAAAUACAAAUGUAAAGGAUUUUCUAUUAUAUUUUAGACAAACGUAUACUUUUAAAGUGUUUUAAAUACUGAAUCUAUAAUUUUUUUUAACCUCCAGUUGUAAUAGCUAAAUGGUCUUGCUUCAUCAUGGCUCCCAAAGGAACUUUUCUCAAAUAUGCAGUUGAGCAAAAUGUUCCAGCUGAGUAUCCACGAUGUAAAAACAACAAAAUAAGCCUUUCCCCUGUGUCUGAAUUUCAUCAUUCACUGUGAAAAAUAACAUGCCAUCACAGGGUUAAUUUAAAAACUUUCCCUCUAUAUGGGUAGCACUUAAAUACAUUAAAAAGUAAAAAUCAAAGUUGUUGAUAAUAUUAGAAUACCCAGUUGAGCUACACUGCACUAGAAUUACAGUUUAGCUUCAUUUUAUUCAGUCUCCUCAAUUAAAAUAUUUAGCUGUUAAACUGAAAGCCUCUACAUUAAAAAGGGAAAAAAAAAGGAAAAAAAAAGGAAAAAAAAAGAAAAAUACAAAAACCUUGCCUAAGUUUUGUUAAAUUCAGCAACUUGACAGUUUGACUGAUGUGUAUUAUAUAUAGCUCAAUUAUUUCUUUUUUUAAUGCUAACUAGGCAAGCCAACCACACAUGUUGGCCUAAAUGUGUAAUUACAAUGAAAUGUCUCCUCUCUAUACUAUUGGCCUUUAGGUAUAAUCAUUGCUAGUGAUGUGGAAAUAAGUAAAGGAUGAAAAGCUAUUUGCUAUUGCUUCUUGUAACUCUGUCGCAGGUUCACAGGCCAAGACAACAUGCAGCAUAUUUAUAUUAGCUCUAUCGGUAAAAGGACCAACCCUGCCAGGCACCUUAUAUCGCUCACCAGAUUCACUUCCACGUGAAAAUACUCUUGUUUUCCAGGGGAGGGGUCUUGCAGCCUUUCCUCAAGCCGCCGGUCCGGCCGUGCACCGAGCAAAGGCUGCAGGAGAAGCUCCUGCCCCGCGGCCCCCCGGGACCGGCCUUCUGCGGGCGCUGGUGGAAGCGGCCUGCUUCCGAGCACGUCACUCGCCAUGCACUUACCGCGCUCUUUCGUUCGAGGAGAAAUCCUACUUUUUCACCAGCUGCUACUGGAGGCUGACACGCUUUUCUCUCAAGUCCAGCCCGUUGGUGGGCUCUGUGCCCCGUCCCACCGCCGCUGGACUUCUUGCAGAGCUUCCCCAGCCAGCUUUGCUCAGCACUGCCAGGGCUUUGCCAGGCACUGCCAGGGCUUUGCCAGGAGGAAGCCUCCCCAUGUCACAGAUACUCCUCCAGAGGGCAUCUCUCGUUGCGUGACAGCCGAAGUAUGUUGGAAAUCUCAGCCACGGACAAUUGCAAUACUUGUAUCAGAAAGGAACUAUGCUGUGAUCCGGCUCCUUCUCCCCCAGCCCCUUCCCCAGGUCAACUUAUGCAAGCCAUAUUCAUAACACUGCCUGUGGGAGACAAGUAGUUUGUGUGCUAUCAUGGUGUGUUUUAUAAGGACGAUGAGGAUGAUUUGUGGAGAAUUUCGUGCUGUUUGAAGUUAAUUCCUGCUACAAAGCUAAAUGUAUGCUGCCCAUGUUCUGAAUAGUGGAAAGUCAAUGGUUCAGUGCCUCAGUGCGUGUGGAUUUCGUGUGUUAACUGACUCCGUCCUGUUAACUAACAAGCCAGCUAUAACUGUUGUUAAAUGCCCAACUUUUGAGGAUUCAUAUUUUUUUAAGCAACAAUAUUUAGUGUUUAAAACUAGCCUUUUAGUUUAGGCAAAAUGUGCUUUUUAGCAGCUAAUACCUUUUUUUAAAAAAAAGCGUAUAGAGUGAAUUUAUGAAAAUUCAUGAGGACCAAAGCAAUUUUAAAACAGGAAUCUAUUAAUUUAGUAAUCACAUAGAAUUUUAUAAAGUAUUUAUUAAUAAAUGUUAUUUUAACACAUUCCAUUUGAACAGUAUUCUUGUACAGAAUCUGUUUCUUUUUUGUUUUGUUUUUUUGUUUGUUUGUUUUUGUUUUUUUUUAAAGUUACAAUAUUAGUUUUGCAAUAAACUACUCUAGGUGUGUGCGCAUCUUUGCAUCUUUAUCCUUCAGGGUCUCAAGCAGAAAUCAUCCAUCUAAGAUGGAAAAGUUUGCUGAGGUCAGUUGUACAGAAAUUCCUAGAUUUAAAUGUUUUCCUUAAAGCAGCAUCUGCUUUUUUUUUUUUUUUCUUAGUAACAACAAAGCAAAUAAUGAACCUUUAGUUGUUUCCUUUGUAUUGGAAAAUGUGCUCUCUCAUUUUAGAAAGCAUGGGUCAACAUAUAACUGGAAAGCCUGUCUUUUUUUUCUCCUUUUUUUUUUUUUUAGGCUGAUUACAUACAUCACCACAGAAGAUCUAACCCCAUCGUUGUUUCUUUUCUAAUAUCACAUAGUGAGUUGCACUAUACUGCCUUAUCAUUGCCUCUUCUGUCCUCUUACUAAGCAGUGUUCCUUAGACGUAGACCAUUGAAACUCCAUUAUACAUCAGAUAAAAUUACUGGAGGGGGAAGAAGAAAAAAAGAUUGAUCUAUAGACAUAAAAACUAAACUGUGCCUAUAAAACAAAACCAGUUACAACUAAUUAGUAUCUUACUUCUACGUUUCAAUUAUUUAUAUUAUUUUAAAAUUGCACUUUAGCUCUCACUCUCUUUCUUGCUCUCCCUUGUUGAAUCAUUUAUAAUUCUCUUGUAAAACAUUUGCACCAGAUACAUUUAUAUGCUUUCACUGGUGGCAUAUCUACAACUUGUCUCUCACACCUGCCCAAACGGAGAAGCUGAGAACAGCCAGUCUGCAGUGUGACUUAGACUUUACACCCUCUUCAUGAUAGCAUAUAAAUGUUUUAUUAUGCAAAGUGUAUGAGGCAGCAUCUAAGCUACAUUUAUAAUCUCUCAUCCUGAGAACCAAAGUGUCCUGUAUAGUGUAAGGUCAGGAGACUGGCUCUGUCGUGCAUGAUAAUGCACUUUGACUGUUGUCCAACCCACAGUAGCUGCGAAGCUGCAGUGAUAACAGUGGCCAUACUAUGUAUUAGAAGUUUAAAUCAAUAAAAUAUGUUGCCUUAUAACUUGACUAGGGACAGCACCUUUAAAAAAUAAAAAAGAAAGAAAGAAAAAAGAAAGAAAAGAGACUAAAAACUUCUAAGGACAAACAAGAGCAAUAAAAUUUCAAGCGAUCAGAACACCAAAAAUAUAUAUAUAUAUAUCACUUUUUCAUCAUCUGAAAUAAUCAUGUUAUUGCAAAGACAAAAGAGACUGUUUACAUCAGUAACCUCUUUUUUUUCAGAGCUUCCAGUUAUCUCAGUUUAAUCAGUGGCUUUAGACUAGAGCUAAAUUGCUUACUGUUACUGGCUUUCCAUAGCUUUCAGAACUACUUUAUAGCAAACAUUAAAACUCUGCGAGGCCAAAAAUGUUAGUGUUCACACACACUCACAAAAAAGAUUGAUUCUCUAAAUGGAAAUGUGAUCCUUUCCCAGGCUCUCCUUGGAGUGGAAUCAAUAAUUGCAGCCAGCUAUAUUUAGACUGAUGUGUAAUACCUGGUAUUCAGGAUAUCCAGUUCUAUAUUUAUGCAAAAUAAAUGCUACUUAUGCUAAGUUUCCCUGGGUGGAACUCUUCCCGACCCCCCCAUAACGGCAUGCCAGCUCAUGUUGUAAGACUAUUAGACCCAAAUCUCUUUUUGACUAAAAUCUGCGCAACAGCCUUCUGAAUGAAGACUGGAAACUCAUUCUGCCUGUACAGCAACUGCAGCAGUGUCAGGAAACAAGAGAGGGGGGGCUGAUAGGGCAUCUGGAGGGAAAUGUUUUCCUUGCUGGAAUCUAGGAAAUUCCAGGUACGUUUUUCCCCCCACCCCUAGGAGCUUAGGUUGCAAAGAGAUCCCUGUCAGAGACAACCUUUGCCAUGCUUCCAAAAGACAAAAUAUUUUGCAUGAGAGGUGUGCUCACUCUUCAGAAUAAGAAUAAUCACCACUGAGAGUUUUGCCAAGGACUUUAUAAUCUGGACCCGAGUGUUUCCCAGGCCAUGUUCGUGAGCUCUGUACUUUUCUCUGUAACAGCUCAUUUUAAACACUGGGUAGCAAUCAUCCACGAAAGUUGCUUCUUUGGAAUAUUGUCAUUGUCCUGGUUUUAAGGAACUUUUAGCACUGCUUGGAGUAAGCCUAAACUAUCGAAGUUUAUAUAUAAAUAUAUAUAUAUUAUAUUAAAAAAGGUGCUGUCACAGUAAGUUUUGGGCUUGAGGUUGUUUGUAUUGUAUGCAAAGGUUUUGUGUUUGUUUGUCUGUUUGUUUUAUUCUGUAAAGCAACCACCUUCCUUACUGGAGGGAGAUAAUUUUUUUUUUUUUUGGUACAUAAGUGUAAAUACUUGCUGCAGCAUUUAAUAUGUUUAAUUUUAUGUUAAGCUUUUUGUUGCAUUGUGAACCCAUUAUUGUUGCAAAUGGACAAUGAGUUCAUUGAGACUGUUCAACUAGGUCAGAUUUUUACAUCUCUUUC